CCCACAUCCCGAGCAAGGACGGUGGACCUUAGUUCAGUCUCCCGGAACCCUUCGCCACCAGCAGGCCUUUUGAGUUGCCAUGCACGCCCUCGUGGUGCACCAGGUGCUCGUCGCCGUGGCCGUUGCCGCAGUGCCAGCUGUGUCCCCGGCGACCGGCGGCCAGGCCCAGUACUUCUACUCGCUGGACCCGCAAAGUGGAGCCUACAAGUACGGAUACGACACCGGUUUGCUUCAACAUCAAUCAUUCAGAGAGGAAACACGCACUGCAGAUGGGGGAGUUCACGGAAGUUAUGGCUAUGUGGAUUCAGGAGUUCUUCGUAUAACAGAAUACACCGCAGACAAAUUAGGAUACAGAUGCCGAGAAACAAUACGAUAUCUAGUAGAACCCAAUAAAGGAGUCUUCGUGCCAUCUCCAGGAACAAAAGUGCAGGCCACCAGAAAGAAUCAAAAUCCUAACCUUGUGCCAGAGAAAGGAAUAAGCCAAAUAUCUUUAGCUAACGGACAGCCCACCCAAAAGAGCUGGGAAACAAACAGACACAGCCGUUUGUCUGACGUGGAGGAGAGUAGACAAGACUGGAGUCCUCAUAGAACUGCCCAACCAGCCCGAGUACUGGGUAAAAAAGUGACAGGGCUUUACAAGGAUUUCACCAGUGAACCUGCCGUUGGGGGAACAGCAGCAGUGACUCCAUGGAAUUAUGCCCACAAGGCUGAACUAAGUGAUGAAGAAAUUUUUGGGUUAGAACAUCAAGGAGAUCAAAACCUACAGCAAGUCCAAAGGCGGGACAGUGGUGGAUCUAUUGGAGGAACACCAGUGUGGCCUAUGACAGAAGAUGGUAUGAGGGUUGUGUGGCAGCCAUUUUAAAAGAAAAACAUGUAAUAGACUG